AUGUCGUCGGACGCCAUCAUCGCAGGCCUCAAGCAAGGCAACGCCAUGGAAAUGGCAACGAUCGACGAAGUCAAGGCGGGCAUGAACUCUGUACUUGACGGAAUGCUCCGGGAGUGCUUCAACCGCAGCGAUGGGCUGACCGAGCUGACUGAGAACCUUCAAUUGGAAAGCUCGAGCGCGGCGGCCAGAACUAUGACGGCAGAACAAAAGACCCGGCUUACGAAAGUCAUCGAGAACGCUAUCGGAGACUGCGAGAAGGCUAUAGUCAACAAUGACAUCAAGCGAGCGAGCGAAUGCAGAUCAACGACAGCAACAUUCAAAGCUGAGUUUGACGUUUUGAACAUGAUGCGUACUACUGGCCACGCUCAACAAGGCCUGUUCAAGCGAUUAGAGAACAUCUUCGAUGAUCAACACGGAGAUAUCGACGGCGCUGAGCUGAACGAGAUAAAGGAGGAAGGGCACGGUACCAUCGAAAAGCUUCGCACCUUUUACGCAUGUGCAAAGGAAAGUUUCGUAGACAGGCGAAGUCGUCGCAUUGAAGAGAUUGAGAACACGCACAAGACAUCGCAGGAUGCUUUGGAGAAGCAGAUCGAAAAUCUUAAGCGCAUCGCUGCUAUUGCGAAGAUUGAUCUCAAAGCUACAAGCGAGAGUGAUAUACCAGCUGAUGGUAUACCAUUUGACAGAGCCCAGGGCCGGUCUACAAGUGAGAAACGUUUCCUCUCUCUCCCUGGUGCUGGUCCUGUGUACCAAGAUUCUGUCUACAACCCGCUGGCCCAUGUCGUUAUGGGUCCUGGUCGUAAUGGCUUUUAG